UUAGCUGCACACCUGUUACAGUGCAACGAUAUAAGCAUAGAAAAACUAUCCCGUGGAAAUAGUAAGGAAUUAAUACUAAGCUGCCUUCUGAACGAAGAUUUCACUGAAUGCUGAUAUACUAUUUAAUGGGUGAACAACCUUGUAUAACAUUUUUCAAACUGUGGUGCAUCUUUAUUUCUUUGUUAUGCAUACUGGAUGCAGUCCAGAGUCAAGGUUGCCAGGACAGACCUUCUCCACAGUGCUGUCCUGGGGUUGAUAAUUCCUGCACUCCUAUUGGAUAUGGCUGCAAAUGUGAUAGUGCUUGCCAACAAUUCGGUGACUGCUGUUUCGAUUAUUUUACAGUAUGUCUUCACUCAACUACAACACAUAAAGCAGGAUCAACAUCAACCUACACGUAUCAGGCUGUCCACACCACUGAUAGCACACAGUCUACAGUUACAACAACUCGACAGAUAUCAGCAACUUCAACAUCACAUGUGAUAAACACAAGUUUGUCUGUACUAACUGCUGGCAGCACACAGUCCACAGCAGUCACUUCAGCUACAACAUCAUCUUCCAUCUUCACCAUUAGUACAGGUGACAAAACAUCAAAUGUGGCCUCAAAGAACCAAAGCACAGCAGCGACCUCAGCACCUGCAGCUACAACAUCAUCGUCAUUUUUCAAGAGUGACAAAAGUGGCACAACCGCAAAGGUGGCCAACACAAGCCAAAGUACAACAGCCGCAGCUGUCACAAGAAACAGAGCCACUACAAGUUCAUCGUCUGAGUCAAGUGCUUCUCCAAAUAGUGUAACAACAGCAGAACAAAGUUCAAGCACUUCAAGCAAAGCAACAAGAACAAUAACACCAACAACCACAGUAUCAUCUCCGCAGAAUUCUACUCAGUAUCGUACCACUGCACCUAAUCUGACAACUGCAUCACAAAACACAGGAAGAACAACAGAGGCAUCAACAACAGCAAACCUAGGCACAAUUUUUCUCCAGAACAGCAGUGUGCUCCCCGUAACUCUGACAACUGUGUCAGCCAAACUAGAAAGCUCAGGAGUGCCUGUAUUGUCAAUUAGCUCAGCAAAUGCAACCUCAUCGAUUGCUCAAGCCCUUAAUUUAUCAAUGGCGACAUCAGCACGUUUCACAACCACUACUACAAGUACAGGAGGCUCUGCCUUGACAAUGGCAGUCACAACACCAGCUUUAUCUGCUUCUCAAAGUACAAAUGCUUUCACAGCUGCUUCACAAACUACAGCCACUCCAAAAAUGUCAGCUACUUCAUCACCCUACCUUUACAACAGCAGCACAAGUGACAGAACUUCAAACACUGCAACCAGAAGCCAAAGUGCAGCUAUCACUGUGACCUCUUCCAAUGCAGCUGCCUCAAGUUCUACUUUAUCAAGUCCAUCUCUAAAUGCAACAGCUGCAGCAGGACUAAGUUUGAGCACUUCAACACGAGGACCAGGCUGCUCAUCAGGUCCCAGUCCACUCUGUUGUGAAGGUGACAACAAUGACUGCAAACCACUUAAUGCAAUCUGCUUCUGUGAUGCAUUCUGUUUAAACUUUAAUGAUUGCUGCCAAGAUUACAUCUCUACAUGCAAAAGAGCAACAACAACAAUGACAACAACAACCACAGCAUCAUCUCCGCAGAAUUCUACUCAGUAUCAUACUACUGUACCUAAUCUGACAACUGCAUCACAAAACACAGCAACAACAAUGACAACAACAACAACCACAACAUCAUCUCCACAGAAUUCUACUCAGUAUCGUACUACUGUACCUAAUCUGACAACUGCAUCACAAAACACAGCCUCUAGUAAUGGAUGUCUGAAUUCUCCCUGCUCUCCUAAUGCAACUUGUACAAGAACUGACAUAACAAGAGGUUACAGCUGUUCCUGCAAUACUGGAUUUACAGGAAAUGGAACUGUCUGCACUGAUAUAAAUGAAUGUUUAGCUUCCCCUUGUCCUACUGGUACAGUUUGUUUUAAUACACAAGGAAGCUUUUAUUGCUCAUCACCUACAACUGCAGCUCCAGAUGACACUUGUGGAAAUCUGUGCUCUGCUAAUGCAACUUGUACCACAAGUAACUCAACCGGAGCCUACUUUUGUCAGUGCAAACAAGGAUUUAUAGGAGAUGGACAGGUCUGUGUCGACAUCAAUGAAUGUAACAACACAACAUCUCCUUGUCGGCCUGGCAUGACUUGUGUGAAUACAAUUGGAAGUUACAUUUGUACCUCAACUACUCCUUCUCCAACAACAGCCUCAUACAAUGGGUGUCUGAAUUCUCCUUGUUCUCCAAAUGCAACUUGUACUGCAACUAAUCUCCAAGGAAGUUACAACUGUUCAUGCAAUCCAGGAUUUACAGGAAAUGGAACUGUCUGUACUGAUAUAAAUGAAUGCUUAGCUUCCACUUGCCCUACUGGUACAGUUUGUCUUAAUACACAAGGAAGCUUUUACUGCGCAUCACCUACAACCACAGGUCAAAAUGAUGGAUGUUCAAAUGCAUGCUCAGUCAAUGCAACAUGUACAAAAAAUAAUUCAACACAAUCUUCCAUUUGUGUAUGCAAACCAGGUUUUACAGGAAAUGGAACUGUCUGCGAUGAUAUUAAUGAAUGUGCAUACACUAAGUGUUCUGCUAAUGCAACCUGCAUAAACACACCUGGAAGUUACGCCUGUGUUUGUGCAGAAGGAUACACAAGAAAUGGAGAACUCUGCAUUGACAUCAACGAAUGUAACAGCACGACAUCUCCUUGUCGGCCUGGCAUGACAUGCAUAAAUACAGUCGGAAGUUAUAUCUGUUCCUCAACCACUCCUUCUCCCACAACAGCUUCACACAAUGGAUGUUUGAAUUCUCCAUGCUCUCCAAAUGCAACUUGCACUGCAACUGAUCUACGAGGAAGUUAUAACUGUUCCUGCAAUUCAGGAUUUUCAGGAAAUGGAACUGUCUGUGCUGAUAUAAAUGAAUGUUUAGCUUCCCCUUGUCCUACUGGUACAGUUUGUUUUAACACACAAGGGAGCUUUUACUGCUCAUCUGUUACAACUACAGCUCAAAUUAAUGGAUGCAGAAACACAUGCUCCCUUAAUGCAACUUGUACACAAAAUAACACAACAGGAAUUUCUAGCUGUGUUUGCAAACAAGGCUUUACUGGUAAUGGAACAACUUGCACUGAUAUUAACGAAUGUGCUUACACUAACUGUUCUCCUAAUGCAACCUGCAUAAACACACCUGGAAGUUACACCUGUAUCUGUGCAGCAGGAUUUACAGGAGAUGGACAAGUCUGUGUCGACAUCAAUGAAUGCAACAACACAUCUCCUUGUCGGCCUGGUAUGACAUGUGUAAAUACAGUCGGAAGUUACAUUUGUACCGCAACCACUCCUUCUCCCACAACAGCCUCAUACAAUGGAUGUUUGAAUUUACCAUGCUCUCCAAAUGCAACUUGCACUGCAACAGAUCUGCAAGGAGGUUAUAACUGUUCCUGCAAUUCAGGAUUUACAGGAAAUGGAACUGUCUGCACUGAUGUAAAUGAAUGCUUAGCUUCCCCUUGUCCUACCGGUACAGUUUGUUUUAACACACAAGGAAGCUUUUACUGCUCAUCACCUUCAGUUACAGCUCAAACUGAUGGCUGUACAAAUGCAUGCUCAGCGAAUGCAACUUGUACAAAAAAUAACUCAACAGGAACUUCUAGCUGUGUGUGCAAGCAAGGUUUUACAGGAAAUGGAACAACCUGCAUUGAUAUUAAUGAAUGUGCUUACACUAGCUGUUCUUCUAAUGCAACCUGCAUAAACACACCUGGAAGUUACAGCUGCGUUUGUGCAGCAGGAUUUACAGGAGAUGGACAAAUCUGUGUCGACAUCAAUGAAUGUAGCAACACAACAUCUCCUUGUCGGCCUGGUAUGACUUGUGUAAAUACAGUCGGGAGUUACAUGUGUUCCUCAACCACUCCGUCUCCCACAACAGCUCCAAGUCUAGGAUGUUCUCAGGGAAAUAAGCCUCUUUGUUGUAAUGUGAGAUCAGAUUCAUGCAAACCAGCAAAUUCAUCCUGUUUCUGUGAUUCAUCGUGUUUAAUGUUUUCUGACUGCUGCAGCGAUUAUAAAAACAACUGCUUAAAUGCCACAUACAAUGGAUGUCUGAAUUCUCCCUGCUCUCCAAAUGCAACUUGCACUGCAACUGAUCUACGAGGAAGCUAUUACUGUUCAUGCAAUCCAGGAUUUACAGGAAAUGGAACCAUCUGCAGUGAUAUAAAUGAAUGUUUAGCUUCCCCUUGUCCUACCGGUACAGUUUGUUUUAACACACAAGGAAGCUUUUACUGCUCAUCACCUUCAGUUACAGCUCAAACUGAUGGGUGUACAAAUGCAUGCUCAGUGAAUGCAACUUGUACAAAAAAUAAUUCAACAGGAUCUUCCAACUGUGUGUGCAAACAAGGUUUUACAGGAAAUGGAACCAUCUGCACUGAUAUUAAUGAAUGUGCUUACACUAACUGCUCAUCUAAUGCAACCUGCAUAAACACACCUGGAAGUUACACCUGUGUCUGUGCAGCAGGAUUUACAGGAGAUGGACAGGUCUGUGUCGACAUCAAUGAAUGUAACAACACAACAUCUACUUGUCGGCCUGGCAUGACUUGUGUGAAUACAAUUGGAAGUUACAUUUGUACCUCAACUACUCCUUCUCCUACAACAGCUUCAUACAAUGGGUGCCUGAAUUCUCCCUGCUCUCCAAAUGCAACUUGUACUGCAACUGAUCUGCGAGGGAGUUACAACUGUUCAUGCAAUCCAGGAUUUACAGGAAAUGGAACUGUCUGUGCUGAUAUAAAUGAAUGUUUAGCUUCCCCUUGUCCUACCGGUACAGUUUGUUUUAACACACAAGGAAGCUUUUACUGCUCAUCACCUUCAGUUACAGCUCAAACUGAUGGCUGUACAAAUGUAUGCUCAGUGAAUGCAACUUGUACACAAAAUAACACAACAGAAUCUUCCAGCUGUGUGUGCAAGCAAGGUUUUACAGGAAAUGGAACAACUUGCACUGAUAUCAAUGAGUGUGCGCACACUAAUUGUUCUGCUAAUGCAACCUGCAUAAACACACCUGGAAGUUACACCUGUGUCUGUGCAGUAGGAUUUACAGGAAAUGGACAAGUCUGUGCUGACAUCAAUGAAUGUAACAACACAACAUCUCCUUGUCGGCCUGGCAUGACUUGUGUAAAUACAGUCGGGAGUUACAUCUGUUCCUCAACCACUCCUUCUCCUACAACAGGCCCAAAUCCAGGAUGCUCACUUGAUAAUAAACCUCUUUGUUGCAAUGUGAGAUCAGAUUCAUGUAAACCAGCAAGCUCAUCAUGUUUCUGCGAUUCGUCAUGCUUAACAUUUUCUGACUGCUGUAGCGAUUAUAAAAACAACUGCUUAAAUGCAUCAUACAACGGAUGUCUGAAAUCUCCCUGCUCUCCAAAUGCAACUUGUACUGCAUCUGAUCUUCGAGGAAAUUACAACUGCUCAUGCAAUCCAGGAUUUGCAGGAAAUGGAACCGUCUGUACUGAUAUAAAUGAAUGUUUAGCUUCCCCUUGUCCUACCGGUACAGUUUGUUUUAACACACAAGGAAGCUUUUACUGCUCAUCACCUUCAGUUACAGCUCAAACUGAUGGAUGUACAAAUACAUGCUCAGUGAAUGCAACUUGUACAAAAAAUAACACAACAGGAUCUUCCAGCUGUGUGUGCAAACAAGGUUUUACAGGAAAUGGAACCAUCUGCAAUGAUAUUAAUGAAUGUGCUUAUGCUAACUGCUCAUCUAAUGCAACUUGCAUAAACACACCUGGAAGUUACACCUGCGCCUGUGCAGUAGGAUUUACAGGAGAUGGACAAGUCUGUGUCGACAUCAAUGAAUGUAACAACACAACAUCUCCUUGUAGGCCUGGUAUGAUGUGUGUAAAUACAGUCGGAAGUUACAUCUGUUCCUCAACCACUCCUUCUCCCACAACAGGUCCAAGCACAAGCUGUUCACAGGGAAAUAAACCUCUUUGCUGCAACAAGAGAUCAGAUUCAUGCAAACCAGCAAAUUCAUCCUGCUUCUGUGAUUCAUCAUGUCUAACAUUUUCUGACUGCUGCAGCGAUUAUAAAAACAACUGCUUAAAUGCCUCAUACAAUGGAUGUCUGAAUUCUCCCUGCUCUCCAAAUGCAACUUGUACUGCAACUAAUCUGCGAGGGAGUUACAACUGUUCAUGCAAUCUAGGAUUUACAGGAAAUGGAACUGUCUGUGCUGAUGUAAAUGAAUGCUUAGCUUCCCCUUGUCCUACCGGUACAGUUUGUUUUAACACACAAGGAAGCUUUUACUGCUCAUCACCUUCAGUUACAGCUCAAACUGAUGGAUGUACAAAUGCAUGCUCAAUGAAUGCAACUUGUACAAAAAAUAACACAACAGGAUCUUCCAGCUGUGUGUGCAAACUAGGUUUUACAGGAAAUGGAACCAUCUGCAAUGAUAUUAAUGAAUGUGCUUACACUAACUGCUCUACAAAUGCAACUUGCAUAAACACACCUGGAAGUUACACCUGUGUCUGUGUAGCAGGAUUUACAGGAGAUGGACAAGUCUGUGUUGACGUCAAUGAAUGCAACAAUACAACAUCUCCUUGUCGGCCAGGUAUGACGUGUGUAAAUACAGUCGGAAGUUACAUGUGUUCCUCAACCACUCCUUCUCCCACAACAGGUCCAAGUCCAGGAUGUUCUCAGGGAAAUAAACCUCUUUGCUGUAAUGUCAGAUCAGAUUCAUGCAAACCAGCAAAUUCAUCCUGCUUCUGUGAUUCAUCAUGUCUAACGUUUUCUGAUUGCUGCAGUGAUUAUAAAAACAACUGUUUAAAUGCCUCAUACAAUGGAUGUCUGAAUUCUCCCUGCUCUCCAAAUGCAACUUGUACUGCAACUGAUCUACGAGGAAAUUACAACUGUUCAUGCCAACCAGGAUUUACAGGAAAUGGAACUGUCUGUGCUGAUAUAAAUGAAUGUUUAGCUUCCCCUUGUCCUACUGGUACAGUUUGUUUCAACACACAAGGAAGCUUUUACUGCUCAUCACCUUCUGUUACAGCUCAAACUGAUGGAUGUACAGAUGCAUGUUCAGUAAAUGCAACUUGUACAAAAAAUAACACAACAGGAUCUUCAAGCUGUGUAUGCAAACAAGGUUUUACAGGAAAUGGAACCAUCUGCAAUGAUAUUAAUGAAUGUGCUUACACUAACUGCUCUACAAAUGCAACCUGCAUAAACACACCUGGAAGUUACACCUGUGUCUGUGCAGCAGGAUUUACAGGAGAUGGACAAGUCUGUGCCGACAUCAAUGAAUGUAACAACACAACAUCUCCUUGUCGGCCUGGUAUGACAUGUGUAAAUACAGUUGGGAGUUACAUCUGUUCCUCAACCACUCCAUCUCCCACAACAGCUCCAAAUCCAGGAUGUUCACAGGAAAAUAAACCUCUUUGCUGCAAUGUGAGAUCAGAUUCAUGCAAACCAGCAAAUUCAUCCUGUUUCUGUGAUUCAUCGUGUUUAAUGUUUUCUGAUUGUUGCAGUGAUUAUAAAAACAAUUGCUUAAAUGCCUCUUACAAUGGAUGCCUGAAUCAUCCUUGCUCUCCAAAUGCAACUUGUACAGCAACUGAUCUACAAGGGAAUUACAGCUGCGCCUGCAGCACAGGAUUUACAGGAAAUGGAACUGUCUGCACUGAUAUAAAUGAAUGUUUAGCUUCCCCUUGUCCUACCGGUACAGUUUGUUUUAAUACACAAGGAAGCUUUUACUGCUCAUCACCUACAACUACAGCUCAAAGCAAUGGAUGUACACAUUGCUCAAGUAAUGCUACUUGUACAAAGAAUAAUACAUCUGGAGCGUAUAUCUGUACAUGUAAAGAAGGUUUUACAGGGAAUGGGCAAGUCUGCACAGACAUAAAUGAAUGCUUACUUUUCCCAUGCCAAGCUAGUACAGCUUGUGUGAACACAGCAGGAAGCUACUUCUGUUCAUUGCCAACAAAUACAGUUCCAAGUGGCAGAUGUCCAUCUACUUGUCCGACUAAUGCUGUUUGUACAAGAAAUGACACAUCGGGAGAGUAUUACUGUGCUUGCAAACCAGGUUAUGGAGGCAUAAGCUGCACACCAUUGCUGGACUGCUCACAAUAUUCUUGUCCUGACGGAUACUGUAUUGGCGGAGGAGGUGCCUGCCGACCAGAUCCUGCUAACAACUGUGCACUUACCUGCUACUGUCCAUUUGACAACAACAGCUGUGUCACACAAGGACAAAACUUCAACCCAAACCCUUUGCCAGAUAUCCCACUGAGAACUGUGCAGCUGAAACUGAAGUUAAGGAAUGGAAAUCUGUCAUACGUCAGUGAUCCAAACAGUACAGAAUACAAAACUCUACAAAAUUACACAGAUCAACAGUUAAAAUCCUUGUUUAAGGCAUUUGAUCCAAAUACGUUUGCUUCAAACAGCAACAUUACAUUAAGAGGAGAAAAUGGAGAAGUGUAUGCAUACGUUGAGUCACAGUUUUACUACUGGAAUAACCGAACUGUGAUAGAGGGCCUAAAUAAUGAUUUAAGAGCACGAAUCAUCCAUGCGAUAGAAACAGAAGCCCAACAGUCCUAUGUAGAAUCUAGACAAGCACUUGUAGUCUUUGAAGCACCUCCUCAAGAAGUUGUUGAUAAACUGAUAUUGUAUCCUGAUGAACUGAAGAAAUAUUUUGAUUGCUCUCAGUCUGGAUAUUCGGGGUAUGCAAUCACAUAUGGCCAACAAGGAUUCAACUGUACGGCAGCGUGCACUGAUGACUAUUGUUAUAAUGGUGGGACUUGUGAAAUCAGUAACACAGGAGUGGUAUGUAGAUGUAAACCCUUCUCCAUUUAUGCAACUUCUGGAGCACGCUGUGAAAACAUCGCUAUGAACCUUAAUGCCUUUUUCGGGAUUUUAUUUGGAGCCCUGGCAUUCCUUCUGUUGAUGAUGUUGCUGUUAUUCCUUAUCAUUUUCUGCUGCUGCUGCCGAAAUAAACAAUCAGUACCUAUAGAAGCUGCUCAUGGACAGAAUAUUUAUUCACAGACACGAUACAACUACGCUGCAAACAAUAGAACAGCAAGAAUUGGUUCCAUUGCAAGUAUUAUUAAAUGGAGAACUCACUAUAAACACAGUGGACCAUCUGCUCCAGUACUGCACGAAUAAUGACGUUUUGAGAAAAGAACUCUCCAGAAAGAAUAUUUUCAUGCACUGACUGAAACAAUCAACUGAAAAUGAAAAUGAAGUACAAAAAUCACCUGCUGCACUUUAAAGAAUUAGGAAAGGACUGUUUUUCCUCUAAAGCACCCUUACUAAACAUGAAGAUUCUGUUUCAGAACACAUUAUUUUAUAGUAACUUAAUUGUCUGUAUGUUUUUGCAUUCAGUGAACAUAAUUGUGAAUAUUGUGUAACAUUCAUUUGUAAAUUAUUUUGCUGCAAGAGUUAUGAUGGACUGAAAAAUAAUUAUUUAAUAUCAGCAUUGAGUGAAACCUUUACUUGGCUAUUCCAAAACAGUGAUAUGUAUCAUUAUUCAUCUGAGAACAAAUAAUACAGGUAUACCUAUCUCACAUGAAGUGAGCUUUUGAGCAACAGUUCUUAACAUAGAUCAUUUAGUAAAAAUAAUAUUUAGAAUGCAUCAUUUUUUCCAGAAAUAAGUAAUUUUCAUAAGUAAUGGAUGUAUACCCUUCAGCUUUUAAUUUAUGAUAAUGGAGCACCAAGUAAUGUACUGCAACCAAACACUCUUCCAUAUUUAUUUAUAUUAUUUAUUAACUUGUUCCAGUGAAACAGUUUUACUUCUGCUUUAUUAUCUUAAUAAAAUGAAAAUUAUAUAAUAAACAUGUUCCCACAGAAGUGUCACUGCCAUUUGGCAGUAUUUACACUUUAUUAUAAUAAUCCUAAAUGAAACAUAGUUACUGUUCAACAAAGGCAUUCUAGGUUUUCAGAAAUUAUUAUUCAGUAUAAAAAGAUCCUUUUAUAAUAUCAAGUGUUUUCUGCAAUUGUGGUUUCUUUCUGCAAUUGUGGUUUCUUUCUACUCGCCUUUCAUUGUGAUACCUGCUAUUCCAUAAAAAACACUGCACAUAUUAUACUUUUGACAGUUCUAAUUUCAAAAGAUUACAUUUACUACUUGAUAGUGAAAUAAUACUUCAAUGAAAAUAAAAGUAAAGUUACUUGUUCCAUUAUAUGCCAAAAGAAAUCAAAUCAUUUUUAACAAUCCCCUGCAUCAUCCAAUAUUCCCAAAGCCUAGUAGAUGAUUUAAUCAACUUUGGCAUCAACACAUCCAAGAAUAACAAAAGCAUGGUGAGUUUCUGGAAGAAUACUGAAUAUUAAUAUUUACAAUCCGAUUUUGGCGCACUCUAAUGUCAACAGUGGUAUCUGUGUUUUCCCAAAUGCAGCCAGUUAUCCUCUCUGAAGCCUUCAUUCAGGUAAAGUGGACAUCACAUUAGCCUUACCUGCAUAAACAAAUGAACCAAGAACAUUGUAUACAGCACUUGAUCUACCUGAAGUCCUUCGCUAUAAAUAGAUGGCUUAUUUGUAUGUAAUCAAAGACAUAGGCCUCCAUGUCAUUCAUAGUUCUUGAAAUAAUCAGGAACCAUUUUAAGUACCAACAUGGUCAGCUAUUACUUUCCAUUUCAUUCAAACAUUCAGGUGACAUUAUUAUAAGCAACACACGCAAAUAUUGUAUAACCAUGGUACUUACUUACUAUAGCUAGAUACGAUAUUGCCAACAUUAUGGUUUUGUGAAGCCACUGUUUUAUAAAAUCUUCAUUUUUCAUUGUUCUUUAUGAUAGCAAAUUAACAUGUGCUAUCUUCUGAAAACAGAUUGUUUUCUUUGCCACUGUUAACUAAAAAUGUCAACGUUUGCAAUUAUUACCCCUGAUGUACUCAUACUGUGCAGUGAGGCAAGUUAUGUUGCAAGACAACAUCAAAGUGUUUUAAAACAGUGCAGUUCAAAAAUAAGAUUUUGCAUUGCUACUUAUCUUACCAAUUGUUUACUGAUGAGAAUAGUUAAUUUAUAGAAAAUAUAAUAUCUUUGCAACAUAGACUCAGGAAUCACUGUGAUAGUCACAUCAAGUUUUACACCAUUAAGCUCUGACUCAGAGAAAAACAUAAGGUAUGAGAUUACUUCUAUCAAAAAAUACACUGUGAGAUGCUAACUUGGUGCAUAAAAUAUACAGGUAAACUAAUAACCGUUUAGGCAUCCAAUAAAAGAUGCAGCAUGUAUUUAGUACUGCUUAAAAGAUUAACAGAUUCUGGCAAACAACAAAAAGAAUAAGAAAAACUGAUUACAAAACCCCAGUUCCUGCUAUGUAAGUGCAUAACAUGAUGCUUAGAACAUGAACAUGAUAUUGUGAGUUUUAGAAAGAAAGAUAAAUAUGAAUCUGAAAUGAAUCCCUAACUAAAUAGAAGAAAUCUGAAAUGGUCACACUUGAAUACAAAAUCAGUUAAAACAUAUGCUACAUCUUAGACUGAAGCAUUUUUCAAGGGGAAGAUAUUAAGAAACAAGAGGCUGUGAUUCACUAGGAUGAGGAAAAGAAAUGAAGUAAGUAUCUUUAAAUAAAUGGUCAGUUAUGGUGUAAAAUUCUUUCAAGGACUGUGAUGUUUCUAGACAAAGAUGGAUAUAAUAAAAAUACAUUGCUAUAAACAUAAAAGAAGAGAAAAAAACAGUUGAAUAGAUAAAUGGCUGAUUCCAUGUAUAUAAGUACUUAUCAAGACACACUGAUGAGCAUCUGCAUUUAUUUUGCUAAAGAAGUCAUAGGCUAAGUGCAUCAGACAUGUAGACACAAGCAAUGAAUAAAGCGUAAAAAUUACUAAAGCCGUGGAUUUUACUUAUCUAACAAAAUACUUGUUUUCCUAUAUAUAAAGCUUGCCUUAUAGCUGUUUCAUGCAUUUUUCAUUUAGUUCAGAUUUUCAACUGGCCUUCUUCACACGAAGAAUGUUAUAAAUAUUCAUCACCGUGUUGAUAAAAAUAAGUAAUUGCAAGGGAAAUGUGUGCCAGAAUCUGUGUAAAAUGCUUAAAAUACAUGCUACUUUAUUCUAUCAAUACACUGCUGACAUUAAAGUGACUUGAUAUAUAACCUGUAAUUAGAAGAACAAAUUUGUAAGUUUGUACAUGUUUUAUGUGCAAUAUAAGGAAGCAUUCUAAUACUAAAUGAUUUAAUGUUCAUUGUGAGAUCUUCUAAUUUUAGAAAUUAAAAAAAAUGGUUUGCAAGAAUGAACUGUGUCAAAACAAUGUUAAAAAAUAUUACCAUAAAUAAACUUUCUGAGCAUUUGCAUAACAA